AUGAUCAUAUUUGAGGUUGUGCCCUUGAAAAUUUCCUACCACGUGAUCUUCAGCAGGCCAAUAUACCACAAGUUCCAUGCAAGGUUGUGCUACAUCUACAAGAAGCUCAAGAUUUCGGGUACUAACGGUAUGAUCACCGUAUCCAGAGACUUCAAGAAGGCUCAAGAUUGCGAGGAGGGCGAAGCCGCCUUCGCCGAGUCUGUUAUUUCCGGAGAGGAGAUGCAGGGCUACAGAGCCGCGGUGGAUCCGGCUGAAAUGCACACCACCAAGGAGCAGAUCUCGGACCAAAAAACCACAUUCAAGGCCGCGAUACACACCAAUAAGGUUGACCUCAAGAAAGGUGAUGCCUCCAAGCAGGUUUCUAUCGUCACAGGCCUGGACCCCAAAUAG